AUGUACGGGAAGCUUUUGAACCGAGGUGUCGAGAUGGGCAGUAAACUUGAUUUGUACAAGCCUUAUCGGGCAGCCCUGAACGACGAUUGGGAAUCCCUGUUGGACUUCUACCAGAAACUUGUUAGUUGGCUGCCAUAUCCUGUAAGUUCCGCCAGGGACAAUGCAUUUCACUUGGCAGUGUACAGCAAACGCAAAGAACCGCUUCAAUCUUUACUUUGUAUUUCCGAAAAACGUUCUAUGGGCAGGUAUGGCUAUUUAAUUGAAAAUGGCUACGGGAACACACCUCUUCAUGAGGCUGCAGCCACUGGGAACCUGGAGGCCGUAGUGGCCUUGGUCGCUCAUAAUGAGAGGCUCCUCAUGGAAGAUUCUGAAAAUCCAGAUGAGAAUGACUUCCUGGAGGCUGUGAAUAAGAAAGGCGAAACCCCGCUUUUUAUUGCCGCUGCAUUUGGGAGAACAGAAGUGGUGAAGUUUUUAGCUCCAAAAUCAUUACAAAAUCUGACCAGAUUUAUAGGACGAGAAGGAAUCGAAGGAGUAACCAAGCUUAAAGAUAUUCACCGCCAACGCUUGAUCAGUGUAAAGCCCAAACCUCCUGCCUCAUAUCAGCUGCCUGGCGCCAUCACAGAGGGUGAAAUGAUAUUCCAGCCCAAGCCUGGUACCAUCCAGGGUGAAAUAAUAUCAGAGCCCAAGCCUGUUGUCAUCCCGGGUGAAAUAAUAUUAAAGCCCAAGCUUGGUGCCAUUCAGGGUGAAACAAUCGAGACAGUGCCUGAUGCCUCCAUUCUGCACGUUGCCAUCGCAGGACACCAUUUUGGUCUCUGUCUCUGCCCAGUUAGCUUCUUUAAUUUUGCUUUGAAUUGGCAUAUUCAACUGAUAUUUGAUGUGCUAAUUUCUUUUCAAAUUUUCUUAGAAACGGCUCUAUAUUUACUGAAUCUGGAUGAUUCGUUAGCAACACUCAAGGACAUAAAUGGCUGGACCUCUCUUCACCUAUUAGCAAGCAUGCCCUCAGCUUUCGAAAGUGGAUAUCGAUGGGCCACAUGGAUCCACAGAGUCUUCUAUUUCUGCCUUCCAAUUGGUGAUGAUUCAGAUAAUGAUGGAACAGUUACUGCAAAAAUUUCAAAAGUGGGAAAAUUCUGUGCAUCAGUAAUGAGAAACAUCUUGGAAGAAAAGAGAAAGCAUAAACUUGCUUUGAAACUAGCGGAGAGACUCAUAGAAAAAGAUUCUUCUUGGGACGAAACCAUUUCUUGGCAAGUGGUCCCAGAGUCUCAAUUUGAUGAAGACCAGUCUUCAAAAGGAGAUUAUAAGCCAAUCCCAUUAUUCCUGGCGACUGAAAGAGGAAUAGUAGAGAUUGUGAACAGGAUACUAGAAAUUUGUCCCCAGCUAGCUGAGCAUGAAAAUGAUCUGAGUCAGAACAUAUUGCAUAUGGCAAUUAAGCACCGUCAACUUGACAUCUUCAAUCAUGUGAAAAAUAUGAAAAUACCAAUGACAAGGUUAGUCCGAAAGGUUGACAAAAAUGACUACACCAUUUUACACCAUGCUGCAGACAUGGAAGAAGAGAAUACAGAAGGUCACCCUGAAGGACCUGCAUACCAACUCCAGGAUGAGAUAAAGUGGUACAAACGUGUAAACGAGAUAAUGCCCUCCCACUACGCAGUGCUGCACGAUAAUAAACAAAAAAGGACUUCCGAAGGGCUAUUCAAAAUGAAGCACAAAGAACUACUCAAGCAAGCACAGAAAUGGACAAAAGGUACUUCUAAUUCUUGCUCUACAGUGGCUGUUCUCGUUGCUACCGUGGCCUUCGCAGCUGCCUACACUGUACCAGGAGGUCCCAAUGAGAAGGGGUUUCCAGUUUUCCUCAACAACAUGCUCUUCUUGGUUUUCAUAGUCAUGGACGCUAUUUCUUUGAUUUGCUCCUUGACCUCGGUUGUAAUAUUCUUGUCCUUCCUCACAUCGCCUUAUACGUAUGAAGAAUUCCACCACACACUCCCUAACAGACUCUCAAUAGGCUUCGCCUUACUCUUCAUUUCAUUAACUACAAUAAUGGUCGCAUUCGCGGCAACAUUAGUGCUCAUAGUUCGUUCGAAAAAGCCACAAUUGACCACCACUAUCAUUUAUACUGCUGCAAUUUUUCCCGUCAGCAUAUUCGCACUCAUGAAUUUUCCUCUGUAUGCUGCAUUUGAGAAAACUUUGCUCAAGUUGUAUCGUGGAUUGUCUAAGAUUCGGUGUGUCACAAAGCUUCGACCGCCUAAGAAGCCAGCAGCUUCGGAAAUAUGGUCAAUUCCCUAAGAAGAAUGUUAUUGAUAAUAAGCCUGAGCUCCCAAUCUGUGAGAUUUAUGUAAGUUGAUUCUGGUAAGUCUCUGAGAUAUUACAAGUUAGUACA